AUGAGAGUGUUGUGUUUUCUUGUCGCCCUGUUUGUCGGCACCUUCGGGGAUCCUGAAGUGGCAAUUCGCGCAACACCCGACGAUGUCACUUACUACCUUUACACUAAACAUAAUGUAGAUGCAGGCCACAGUUUCCAAAGACUUAGCUCGAGUCUUCCUCAUUUCGACGCGAAAAAACAAACUUAUAUUUUGAUCCACGGCUGGAUGGAUGGCUACAAUGCCAGUGUUAACAACUACGUCAAAUCUGCGCUUUUGCAAAUCCACGAUGUUAACAUUUUUGUCGUGGACUGGAGCCCCAUUGCCAAAACUCUCUACUCAACAGCUCGCAAUUCUGUCACAAGUAUCGGACAAUUUGUCGGUGAUUUCGUCAACGAUCUGAUCGAAACUUAUGGUGUUAGUAGCUCCAAAAUUGUUUUAAUUGGACACAGUCUCGGUGCCCACAUUGCCGGAAAUGCUGGAAGCGGGGUGAAAACCCCAGUGGGGCACAUUAUCGGGUUGGACCCCGCAGGGCCUGGAUUUUCGUUGGAAGAGACGGGAGAUCGCCUUGAUCCAAGUGACGGGCAAUACGUGCAAGUUAUUCACACGCAUGGGCGUCUUCUGGGUUUUAGUUUUUCUAUUGGACAUGUUGAUUAUUUCCCCAAUGGUGGAAAGGUACAAGCUGGGUGCGGACUCGAUCUUGCUGGUGCUUGUUCACACGCUAGAUCUUUCCAAUAUCUGGCCGAAGCGAUAACUGGCGGAGAAUUUGUAGCAACGAAAUGUGAUAACUAUUCGGACUAUCAAAACGGUAAAUGCGCAAACAACCAAAAGGCACUUAUGGGCUCUCUGGUCGCCGACCAAAGCGUUUUCGGAGAUUAUUUCUUGGACACCAACAAAGCAGAGCCAUUUGCCCAAGGAUAGACGACUCCACCGUUGUACAAAUGAUAAAACAAUAAAUAAUUUACGAAAACAAA